AUGACCUCCAAGCAAGUGCGCAAGGCAUACAAGGCCGCUACCAAGACUCCAACUAUGACGCGCGCCGACCGCGUCAAGUGGGAGCGUGAAGAACAGGAGCGCAUUAAAAAGGAGUUUGAGAAGGAGAAAGCAGCGUCGAAAGCGCGCGCGGCCCGAGAAAAGAAAAAGGAAAAGGAAAUACAGCAACGCGAGGAGAAGCGUCGCAAUGGCUUGCCGCUGGUGAAUGUGCGUCCAAGCCAGGAUACAAUUGCGAGAUUUGUGAGGGGAAACAGCUCGAAGAAGAAGCGGGACGCCGAGGGGGUGGUGGUCACGGCUGCAGAAGAGGUCCUGGUGGACGAGCCCGAAGAACAACGAGGCGCAGGUGCGGCGGCGGUGGGCGCGAGUGCGAUUGCACUGGGCUCUGUAAUGGAAGCAGAAGAGUACUUGGACGAGAAUACGAUUCCGGAAGAUAUCACCAGCGACAGACCGCCACUACCGAACAUAGACAACAAGGCAGCGCUGCCGAACAUAGACAACAAAACAACCGAACACAGUGUAGGCGCAGACAACGCCCAAAUACUGCUGAAUAACGAGAAAUUGGACGAAACGAACACACAAGAAGGCCUGGAUGUAGCUCCUGAGGAUUAUGAUGUUGAUUUGAGUCUCGAGGAACCAAUUGAUGAGGCCUCAUUCGACGUGGCGUUGGAUACAGUUGCCCAGGCUGAGCUGCCAAAGAUCUCUAGUGCAGGCCCCCCCGCCGAUGAUGUCAAAGAUCAAUCCGAGCAGUCACAGACUGAAAAUACCAACUAUAUGCCAUCACAGGAUCUGCUCGAUGAAGAAAUCAAUACGGACAUGUUGGAAGAACUCGACGAGCUGCUCAGCGGGGGCAAGACACCCGCCAAGUUGCAACCAGUCAGGUUACCUUCUUCGGGCAAAUAUGCAACGAGGACUACCCCAAUAAGGAACAUAUCGCACAGAGAGCCCCGAAUCAUACCGGAACAUGAGUCGACGAGCCCACGGCAGGAGCAGACGAUAUCUCCAUCACAGCGCCAGGUCCAGAUCCAACUAUCACCAGGGCGACCACGGCAGACGCCGCCACUAGGGACACAGGCUAUUCUUGUUAACUGCGAUGACUUCUUCCCUACGUCGUCCCAGCAGCUUCGUGAGCUCGACGACGAGCAGGAGCCUAGCCAUGACAACACUUCGCCACAAAGGCCAUCACAUAACAUACAAGGGUGCAUGACGCCUGGUCCAAAUAUACAGCCACAGAAUGGCUCAAGACAGCCAACAGUUUCAAAUUCAGAUUUGGAAAUGGACGGUUUCGAGUCUGAAUUUGGCUCCUUUCCUUCCACGGCGCACCUGUCACUGUUAGAAUGCUCCGCGACACCACUCCAACCACCGCGGCAUCCACCACAAAUACAUGCAAACACGUCGAGCCACCGGGCAGAGCCAGUAGCACCACAUCCUCCACAGUCACAACCCUCUCGCUUCUUUACAUCAUCCGGCUCUCGGGAGCAGCUCUCCCUCGCGCUGCAACGCAGCCGCCGGUCGGCCGCCCUCGAGCAGAUCCAGGAAAAGGAGCGCCAGCGGCAGGAAGCAGGCCUCGUGAUGCGGCAGAGCAAGUACGACGAGGCACGCCGGUCAGCGUCCCCGACCAAACAGAGCAACGCCCCGGAGCAGGGCAAUACCACAGACAAGGAGAACGUGCCGCCGCCAGAGAUGCGAUGCUCUCAGGAGACAGAGUACGGAGUGGGAGAAAGCAGAAGGCGCUUUUAUCAUCAUGGUCGCCUGAUUAGAAGGAAGUAG